CGUUCAUUUCCCAUGCUGCCUCUCGCGUCAGCUGAUCUUUUAUCGCCUGCCCGCUUAUGUUUUCCCUGAUCAGAGAAUGACAGAUAUCACACGACCCGUGCUCGUGUCGAUGAGGAAAGGAAAGUCGUCAGUCAUGACCGUGUUAGCUGUUCAAAGACGCUGCGACAGAUAAACGCAGAACAUGUGUGUGAAGUGGGACUAACUGAAGCUAGACAAGCCAUGUUGGCCACCCAAACACCUGAGAGCGGCCCGGAGGCAAGAGAUGGAAAACAGUGGAUCAAGGAAAAGAUCGCACGGACCCUAAAAGUCCUGCAGAAGCGGUACAUCACCACAGACACGGCGGUCACCAGCGAGGACCUGGAGGCUAACCUGCUGUGUUGUGCUUUGGAGGCGGUCUUCAUCCAUGGAAUCAAGAGCAAGUUUAUUCGAUUUGAUGGAAGUCACGCGCGCAAAGGAGGGUCUCGAGGAUCCCUUCCUCAGCCCGUCUUCUGGAGCCUGUUGAAGACCGUCACCCACAGGGAUGUCGUUCAAGAACUGGAACGUCUAAGCUUCAUAAACUCAGACAUUGGGCGCUGCAGAGCAUGGGUUCGCCUGGCGCUAAAUGACGGGCUUCUGGAGUGUUACCUGACCUCGCUGUUUCGCGAAGGGUCCAACUUGGGCUCGUACUAUCAGCCCGGGGCUCUUUUGCUGGAUGCGGAGGACCGCGAGGUUCUCCUCACCCUCCUGCAGGGUUUGUCCUCGAUGACCUUCCAGCUCUCUUAUAAAUCAGCUGUGCUGAAUGAGUGGACCAACACACCUCUGGUCCUCGCGGGUCUGUGUCCCCCAACGCCAGCCGAUGAGCACCUUGUAGGCCUCAAGCGCAAAGAGUCUUGGGAUACGGUCUCCCAGUCAUCCGGAGGGUCUGGAGGCUCUGGAGGCUCAGACUGGGCUCAGGAGGUGCUCCAGAGGGAGCCCAGGAAAGAGCAGAGCGAGGGAUGUGAGCCGAACACUCUGCUGACGUCGUCAAACCUGAGUCUGGACACGUCUGGAUCAUCACAGCUGUCCUCCAGCCUGAGCUCUGAUAGUCUGCUGCAGGGUCAGGAGCUCAGGAGUCCAGAGAAGGAGCACUGGAGCUGUGACACGGAGAUCAGCCAACACACACAACAGAAGAUCAGCGCUACAGAAGAGAGCGGUUGCUCUGAUCAGGACUUGAAGGAAGACUUGGAUGUCUCCAUACCAGCUUCAGACUCUGCAGCACGAGCUGUUGAUACGAGCACACACACACAGGACACACAUCAAUCAGAUGCACACGUCUCAGAACAAUCUAAAGCAAGCUCAGAAAAGAUGUCAGCUGAGACGGAAGAAGGGACAGCGGAAGAAUCCGAGGCUCUAGAAAAAACCGUCAUCGAGACUGCAGAAAGUGAGCAGAAGAAAGACUCAUCUGAUGAUACUUGGACCGAAAAGACCUCUGACCCUGAUGCUGUUUCUCCAGAGACCUUUACCGUCUCUAGUUCAGUGGAGCAACCCCAGCUUGCUGCAUACAUACAGAAAACCUCCUCCGACUCUCUCUAUUCCUCCUGCAAAUCCACAUCUUGGAUAUCAGAGGAUGACUUCUACAAGCCAGAAGAAAGGGGCAGUUCUGAAGCAUAUGCCGUCAUUGACGUUGUGCAGAUGAACGGAGCGGUGCCACCUACCUCUGAACCAGACACCGUCCAGCCUCCACCUAGUGUAGUGCACCGGAGACCCAACGGUCUUCGUAACCCGUUCAGGGGUCUGCUGAAGCUGGGUCAGCUGCAGCGCCGCGGUGCGGUGGCCAUGUGGCGAGAUUAUUACUGCGAGCUCUCUCCGUUUGAGCUGCGGCUUUACAUCAACGCAGAGGAGCGCAUCUGCUAUGAAAACCUGUCCCUGCUGCGCUGCGAAGACGUCCACCUGUCCUCCAGUAACGAGGGCCGAUUCCGGCUCUCCUUCCCAGGCAAAAGAAUCUACCUGCGCGCUCCGUCUCGAGGAGAGGCGGAGGACUGGGUUGAUCGCAUCGUGGAGGCUAUCAACAAACUACGGCCCACAAUGAGAGACGAACAGUGGGAGGUGCUCCACACGUCCAGCGACCAGGACGUCCCCUCACAGACACCCUCAAGCCCCAAACACAUCAUCUCAGGACUUCCAGAUCCUCCACCGUUAGAUUGGACCCGUCUUAAGGACCCAGAGCCAGAUGCCGUAAAGGAAGCGCUGGUCUAUCAGAAGUUGGAGGAGAAGGGUUGGCGCUCUGUUUUACUCUCGCUCUCCUUGGAGGCCCUCAGGGGGUACCGGGUCCAAGGGGACUCCAAGGUGCUCCUCUUCUCAUACUCCAUUGGGAGCAUCAGGGAUGUAGUUCCUGAUGUUUCUUUAGGAAGUCCUGCGUUCUUUAAGGUUCUGACUGCGCAGGAGACUCUGACGCUGCGGGCGGAGAGCGGAGAGGCAGCGCGAGGAUGGAGGAGUCUGAUCAGAGGAGCUCUCGACUCGUAUCUGGAGACGGAGGAUGAUGGGGUGACUCAGGGCGUCUCAGCAGUGGUCCAACACAGACGGAAGGGUGAUGGGGGGCUGCUGUCUCACCUGUCUACUGUCCCGAAUGAGAGGGGACUAGAUGCACAAAACUUUAAAUGUGCAGGUUGCCCUCGUCAGAUCGGGAUGUCUCUGGGGAGAGCCAGGCUCUGUGAGUUCUCGGGUCAGUAUUACUGUGAGAGCUGUCAUCAGGGAGACACCACCAUCAUCCCCUCACGCAUGCUGCACAACUGGGACCUCACAAUGCAUGAGGUCUCAAAACAAGCCUUUAAGUUGCUGACACAGAUUGAGCACGAGCCGCUCCUGAACCUUGACCUUUUGAACCCUGACCUGUUUGAUCACACUGACAUCAUGGCUGAAGUACGGAGUCUGAGACAGAGGCUGCGUUUCCUUGGAGAUUACAUCCUCAUCUGCCGCAGUGGCAUCAGCAAACAGAUCCAACCCAGACUUCAGCAGCGGACAUACUUACUGGAUAACAGUGAUCUCUACAGUGUAUUGGACUUGCAGCAGAUCGCAGACGGGCACUACGAAUCUUACCUGAAGUCUCUGAUUCAGUUUGGGACCAAGCACGUGCUCAACUGUGACCUUUGCACCCAAAGGGGCUUUAUAUGUCAGAUCUGCAACACCGACAACAUCAUCUUCCCUUUUCAGUUCGACAGCACCACCAGGUGUAACGUCUGCAAGACCGUGUUUCAUUCCUCCUGUAAGGCCAAGUGUCCGGUCUGUCCACGCUGCGUUCGCAUACAGAAGUACAUGAAGAGGGACUUGGAGGACUGAUUUAGCUGUUAGUUAAAA